AGAAGAAGAAGAAGAAGAAGAAGAACAAACACCUUUGCCAAAUACGAUAACAUACGAUAACAAAGGGCACAGAUGUUGUCAUACAUGUGUGUGUAACCGCAGACAUUAAUACGUACAGUGUAUUAAUGUGUAUGUGUGUAACUACGUUCUGUCCAGGCAGGAGGGCAACUAAACUGUAAUUACCCAGGUAACAUUUCGCGGUAACCAUAGCAACGCCGGUGUUUGUAAAUGGCGGAAGAUUAAAAACGAAAAACAGAAAAAGAAAGAAACAACUAAAAGUUAUCUUAAAAAUAUCUGCUUAAAGAAGAAUGUCCGAGCAUCGGGAACCUCUGAGUUCAUCACCGCGUUUAACACCAGAGGUUGUGAUGAGUGAGAGCGACGGAAGGUUUUUUCAGUCUCUUUAUGAAUUUAUUAAACAUGAGAAAAAGUAUCUGCGGUGUCCGGAGGAAGGACCCGACGAGACCCGGUACAUCAUCUACCGUUCCGCCUUCAACCAGGUGAUUGGUCGAGCCACAGCCUAUAAGAGGCUGCUGCUGGCCAUAAAGUCAGAAUACGACGACUGCGUCAGGGCCCUGACGAGGAGGGAGGAGGAGGAGGAACUGUCCGUGGUCCAGAAGGAGACUGCAGAUGUCCAGCAGGAGGUGCAGAGACGGAGGUUGUCCAGGGAGCAGAGAGCUCAGCGAUCUGAGGACCCCGGGGCUCUGGGGGGACGUCUGAAGGAGCUGGAGGCCCAGAGAUCAGCUCUGGUCCAAACUCUGGACGUCAGAGCAAAACUAGAAGCUGAGCUGAAGAAGGUCCAAGACCUCAGAGGACGUCUGAGCUCCAAGAACCAGCGGCUGAGAGUCCUAUUUAAACGUCUGAGGUCAGUGAGUGAAGGUCUGAGUCACUGGGAGGAGGAGCAGGAGGAGGAGCAGGAGGAGCAGACGCACGACGUGGAUCUGUUUGAGGACGACGAGCCUCGUGGAGUGGACCAGUCCGUCCUCCUGACCGCCUACCUGGACAGCUGGUCUAGCUCGAGUCUGGGGCGUCCUGAGGAGGGGGAUUCAUGGACUGUUCAGGAGGACAUGACUGAGGCCUGUCUCCUCCCAGACGUGUCCCCCCCCGGGUCGGCGCCGCCCCCCCUCCUGUUCUUCCAGGCCGUUCUGAUGUCCUCCUUGUCCGGCGUCCAGCUGCCAGCGUCUCUGUCCCUGCAGGGCGUCCUCUGUGCCCUCCACCACGGCGUCCUGCAGCUCGUGGUCCACGCCGUCUCCCAGAACAAACUCACCCUCUCUGAGGCCCUGGGCGACGUCCUGACUGAGCACGCUCAGAACCACCCCAGCGUGUCCGACCUGUGUCUGGCUCUGGCCACCGAGGUCUACCGGGCCUGCCGCCUGCACAGGAAGGCCGCACUGAGCAUGUGCAGGAGAGGCCUGGUCCACAGCGCCGCCCACCUCAUCAGCCUCAGCAAGGACGCCACUGCUGACGACUGCAUGUGGGUCCUGUGUCGCUCGCCCAGCCUCCCUCUCCUGCGGCUGCUGACCGGGCGUCAGUCUGGCCGGGCGGCCAUCUUGCCGGUGGGCGUGGCCUGUGUGUCUCUGCUGUCUGAGCAGCAGCAUCCAGAGUUAGCGCUGCAGCUGCUGGACCAGUACGUCAGCACCGGACCAGGGCACCUGGAGCAGGUGAUGGUGGAGGACGGCGUCUCGUCGGUGGACACGUGGACGGACGUGGCGUCUCUGUGUUCCAGGCUGGACCGGGCCGACCUGAGCCGGGCCGUCCUCUCGGUCCUGCUGCAGCAGAGCGGGACCCGGAUCCUGUCCCCGGACCCGGAGGGGGCGCGGCUCAUGGAGCACGUCUUCCUAUGAUUCUGCAGCUGAUCAGCUGGAGGAACCUGAUCCCGUUAAUCAGAUCAGAUCCCAUCGGUCCAUCAGUGAUGAGCAGGAGCAGGAUCCUGAAUCUUCCUCCCUGUGCACAUUCACAGCAGCAGCACCAGG